UAGCACGAUCACCGUUGCCAGGACUCGACGAGGCGUACCAGACGGUUAUGAAUACCGAGACCAUGCGCGCCAAGGCUGCGAGAGGUCCGGAGAGUGUCAUGGCGUUCAAGGUCGAGACUAAGGCUCGGUCGAGGUCGGGAGAUGUCAGUGGCAGAUUUUGUGGUCAUUGCAAUCGUGAGGGUCAUGAGGAAGAAACUUGUUAUCAGCUGAUUGGAUUUCCUGAAUGGUGGGAUGAGAAGAAACGAGGUGGACGAGGGCCUGGUCGAGGAGGCAGGACGUCGAUUAGAGGAGGCAGAGUAGCUCGCGGGGCAGCGUCGUCGACCAGUGGUGUCGCUCGUGCCAAUGCCGUGAGCAAUGCCACAGGAGGGGCGACAACCACUGUGACGAGUGGAGACGGAUCGCAUGGUGCAGUGACGACAACCAAUCAUGAGCUUGUUGGGGUGACGAAGGAGCAAGUCCAGCAAAUAGUUGACAUCUUGUCACGACCUUCAACCAAGUUGCAAGGACCGCUCGACGAGGAUGGUGAUUGGCGUAGGUGAUCGACAGGAAGGACUAUAUUUUUUCCGUGGGGCUCCAAAGGUUCGUGUGCUAGCAGUGGAGUGUGUGGUCGACUUGUGGCAUCAACGGAUGGGGCAUCCGUCGGAAAAAGUGUUGCAGUUACUUCCUCAUGUGAGUCAUAAGAUUAGGAAGAAUAAAACAAUUUGUGAUGUAUGUCCGCGGGCGAGACAAUGUAGGGAGAGUUUUCCAGUUAGUGUUAGUCGUGCUAGUCGCACAUUUGAAUUGGUUCAUCUUGAUUUAUGGGGACCCUACAAGACUCCCUCGUCUUGUGGGGCAAAGUAUUUUUUUACCAUUGUUGACGAUUAUUCUAGAGGUGUGUGGAUUUAUUUACUGAAUAAUAAAAUGGAAGUUGCAUCGACA